AUGGCUUCAAAAAAGUCAAAACUACCCAACUCCAAAGAAAUCAAUUAUCCGGAAGCCUACUCGCCCAUCCAGAAGGCUUGCUGGUCUAGUGCCACUGUAUUUCUCGAAAAAGCCGACCCUCCACCAGGAAGUCCAACUUGGUGGGCAGAGCCUAUGGACGGCACGAAACCAGCACGGUGGGCCCCGACUGACCCUCUUGGAUUCUCGAGUGAGCCAGCAAAGCUUAAAUAUAAUGAAUGGGAGAGAGAAUACGGUGCUCAAAAACGCAUGACUGAUACUUGUGGCCUCACAUAUUGGGUACCGGUGUUGUAUCCCAAGACACCAACGGCCUCUUGUUUGAAUCAAAUGGCAGAUACUAUCUUUGGAAUCGCUAUGGUAACGGCCUGGCCCGUAUUCUUCAUGGUCUGGAGGAGACCAAGCAAAUAA